UUUUUUCCCUUGUCAAAAAAAAAAAAAAUCAGAGAAACUUUAAUUUGGUAAAGAGUUGAACACAGCACAAGAGUCUAUAAAUACCAACACACACCAAAUCCUAUCCAUCACCAUUCAACAAAACAAAAGCAUCUUUCCUUUACUGCAUUAACUGGUUUAUCACAUUCUUCGAUAAGGAUUCUUCAUCUUCCUCCUCCUCCUCCUCCUCUGCUUUUGUGUAACUUCUAUUUCUAAAAGGAAGGAGACGAAAUGGGUACAGACUCGUACGAAGCCGCCAUUAAAGGACUCAAGGAUCUUCUCAGUGUGAAAGCAGAUCUUGGAAACGUCGCUGCGGCGAAGAUCAAAGCAUUGACGGCGGAGCUGAAGGAGAUUGAUUCCGACAACUCAGACGCUGUUCUACGGAUCAAGUCUGGUUUCACCCAAUUCAAAACUGAGAAAUACUUGAAGAACAGUGCUCUGUUCAAUGAUCUUGCCAAGGGUCAGAGCCCAAAGUUUCUGGUAUUUGCUUGUUCGGAUUCUCGAGUUUGCCCAUCGCACAUCUUGAAUUUCCAACCUGGUGAGGCCUUUGUUGUCAGAAACAUAGCCAAUAUGGUUCCACCUUUUGACCAGAAGAGACACUCUGGAGUUGGUGCCGCCGUCGAAUACGCAGUUGUACAUCUCAAGGUGGAGAACAUUCUGGUGAUAGGCCAUAGCUGCUGUGGUGGCAUUAAGGGACUCAUGUCCAUUGAAGAUGAUGCUGCCCCAACUCAAAGUGACUUCAUAGAAAACUGGGUGAAGAUAGGCGCAGCAGCGAGGAACAAGAUUAAGGAAGAACAUCAAGACUUGAGCUAUGAUGAUCAAUGCAACAAGUGUGAGAAGGAAGCUGUGAAUGUAUCGCUUGGGAACUUGCUUUCAUACCCAUUUGUGAGAGCUGAAGUGGUAAAGAACACACUUGCAAUCAGAGGAGGUCACUACAAUUUCGUCAAUGGAACAUUUGAUCUCUGGGAGCUCGAUUUCAAGACCACUCCUGCUUUUGCCUUCUCUUAAAAGAAAGAAAUAUACAUAUAACUCUUUUGAGAUUAAACACACUUUGACUCAUCUUUCUUCCUUUUCUCUCAUGUUGAUGAUUCCUCUCCAACCCCGUUUGGUUUCUUUUCCUUUUCCUUUUUGUUAAUUCAGAAUUUCAACUUUGCUGCUUCUAUUUCAAAAGCUCAAACAAUAAAAGCUUGUAACCCAAACGUUUGAAACUUUUGUAUUUCGUGUAAUUGAUGUUUGAACGAAAGAUUUGAACUUUCGUUCUUUUUAUUUCAGAUUAUA